AUGAGUGUUACUCCAGAAACAACCUAUGCUCCACACCCAACACCACAACGUGGUCAUGGUUUCUUCAUGAGCGCCAACGAUAACACAAACACUUGCGCUUAUUGCAUCGAUAACCUUGUUUAUAUCGUCGGUUUAGAAAAUCUCUUCGACGUUAACGUUUAUGUCGGACACCAAGGCAAGACAACAGCUGCUACAUAUUCUCCAAACGGCCGUUGGGUCGCUUCUGCUGAUGAAGCAGGCAAUGUCAAGAUUUGGGAACCAAAGUGCAUGGAAACAGGUCUCCUUCUUGAAACAAGACCAAUUUCCGGCCCAAUUUUCGAUAUCUCAUGGACUGGCGAUAACGAGCGUAUCUCUGUUGUCGGCCAAGGCCAAAACAACUCAUUCGGCUGUGUUGUUGCUGCUCAGACAGGUUCUGCACAAGGCGAAGUCAUGGGCCACACAAAGGUCGUCAACACAGGCUGCCUUAAGCCAACACGUCCAUUCAGAUUCGUUACAGCAGGUGAUGACUUCACACACGUCUUCUACAAGGGCCCACCAUUCAAAUUCGACCACUCCUGCAAGGACCACGAGAAGUUUGUCCUCUGCGCACGUUUCGCUCCAGACGGAUCUGUCUAUGCCACAACCGGCCUUGAUGGCAAGGUCUGCAUCUACGACGGCAAGGAGUCCACCAAGAUCAACGUCUUCCAGUUCCCAUGCGGCGUAACAUGCAUCUCCUUCAGCCCAGAUUCCAAGCAAGGCUUGAUCUCCUUGACAGAUGGCCGUGCUCUUGUCAUCAACAUCGCCGACGGAUCUGUCGCCGAGGAGUACAAGAUCGGCAGUGAAAUCUGGCAGCAACAAGCCGGUACACUCUGGACAAAGAAAUACAAGAUUUCAUUCUCACUCAACGGUGAUUUCAACUACCUCGAGAACGGCCAAGUCCGCGUAGAGCGCGCCCACUCUGCCGCUAUCACAUCUGCUUGCCUCAUCCCAGGAGGAUUCGUCACAGCAGAUACACGCGGUAUGAUUCUCUUCCGCAAGUUCGGACAGUCUCCAUACGCUUCUGCCAAUCCAGAGGGUGUAGAAGUCAAGACACCACACGUUAUUGCUCUCGCUCUUUCCAAGGACGGAGAACACCUCUACGCAGCACGCGCUGAUGCAACAAUCACUGUUUACAAGGUUGCCGAUGGCAAUCAGGAGAAGACACUCAAUGCCAAGGUUCCAAUUAAGGGACUUUACAACUUUGGCGAUGACUUCCUUGUCCACAACCAGGAAGGACUUCUCCUCCUCCACGACGGCGAGUUCACAAAGAUCGCUACACCAUUCAGCCCAACAGCUGUCGCUGUUCACCCAGAAUUCAAGGAAAUCUGCAUCGGAGGACCAAAGGGUGCUACAGUCUUCAUCGAUCCAAAGGGAGCUGUCCUUGGAGAGGCAAAGGGCCACGAUUCAGAUGUCGUCGCAAUCGCUUACUCCGCUGACGGAACAAAGGUCGCAACAGCUGCCGCCCGCAAGGAUAUCACAGUUUGGGCACGCGACAACCUCAAGGAGGAAAUUCACACUGGAUGGUCACUUCACUCACUUCCAGUUACAAAGAUUUUGUUCGCAAAGGACGGACAGCACCUCAUCACAGUCUCCGCUGACCGCACAAUCCGCCAGUGGUCUCUCGAGAAGAAGAGACGCUACGUCGUAGUAGAGCGCGCCCACCAGCAGAGAAUCAACGACGCUUACUGGAUCGAUGAGACCCACUUACUUACAGUCGGUGAAGAUGCCGCCGCUAAGAUAUGGGCUGUUGCUUUUAUCUAA